UUUGGAUGGUAAAUCAGACAAGUCCUGGUGUUAGUCAUUUGAGUGUAAAGAGGCAGGUUACACUGGUUACUAUUGCGCCUCCUUUUGUUUGCAUUUGCGCUGCGUAACUUUACAUCUUCAUCGCCCAUUAUUUUGAUUGUGAAGACCUCAACACUGACUGACUAGUCAUGCUAUGAUCAUAUAGUGUCAGGAAUUCAAAUACUUCGCAUACAGAAUCGUUGUGAAAUGCCUCUACUGUAAUCAAGACUUUGCUGUUACUUGAACUGCUCUCCAAGGAGACCUAUCUAGACUUGACAUCCAUUGACUGGUCUGGCUUGCAGAAGACUGCCUGCUCCACCAUGCGCCUGUCUCCUUUCCUGGCUGUUUUCCGGCCUGCUCUGCCCCUCAUCCUGGGCCUCUCUUUGGGCUGUAGCCUCAGUCUCCUGAUGGUGUCCUGGACACAGGGGGACACUGAUGAGGCUUGUGGAGAUGAACUGGGAAAUGGGAGACUCAUACACAGUGGUCAUAUCAGGGAUCUCCAGGAUGGCCAAGAUGGGGAUGGGAAUGAGGACUUCCAGCCUCGCAUUGUGCCCUAUCACAAGGACCCCAACAAACCACACAAGAAAGUUCUCAGGACUCGCUACAUCCACACAGAGCUGGGCAUCCGAGAACGGCUCCUGGUGGGCAUCCUGAGCUCACGUGCCACUCUGAACACGCUAGGGGUGGCAGUCAAUAAAACAGUAGCUCACCAUUUUCACCGUACCUUCUUUUUCACUGGCCUACGGAGUGCAAAGGCACCGCACGGCAUGGCUGUUGUUGCUCAUGGUGAUGAUCGACCCGUCUGGCUGAUGUAUGAAACUAUACGGCACCUUCACCAACACCACGGCAAUGAAUAUGACUGGUUUUACCUUGCACAAGAUGAUACGUACACACAAGCUGAAAGGGUCAUGGAGCUGGUUAAUCAUCUUAGUGCGGGACAGGAUAUGUACAUGGGACGAGCAGAGGAGUUUAUCGGGGGUGAAGAACGUGCCCGAUAUUGCCAUGGUGGAUAUGGGUAUCUGUUGUCACGUAGCCUGCUAGCCCGACUGCAGCCCCACCUGGACUCUUGUCGAAAUGACAUCCUCAGCGUCAGGCCAGAUGAGUGGCUUGGUCGCUGCAUCAUCGAUUACCUGGGUCUUAGCUGUGUGGAGAAGCAUCAGGAGAUGACCUACCGUUACUUUGAGCUGCAGAAGAACGUGGACCCUGAGCGCGAGGACAGUGCACAGUUUAAAGGCGCCUUCACCGUCCACCCCAUCUCUGAACCUUUCCUGAUGUAUCGCCUACACAAACGCUACAACCAGAUUGAACUGGACUGGACCUAUGCACAAAUUCAGCAGUUACAGAACCAGAUCAAUAACAUAAGUGACCUCACUCCAGAGGGCAAAGCCGGAGCCACGUGGCCCAUCGGAAUCAACCCACCAUUCCGACCCAAAACCCGCUUUGAGGUGAUCAACUGGGAAUACUUCACUGAAGAGCAUAUUUAUUCAUGCGCUGACAGCUCUCCGAAGUGUGAGCUUCGAGGUGCGGACCGGGCAGAUGUCAAUUCAGUCCUGGAGACUGCAGUGGGCCGCCUGAACGAGCGUUAUCAGCCCCAGUUGCGCUUCCGUAAGCGGCGUCUGCUGAAUGGGUACCGACGCUUCGAUCCCACACGAGGCAUGGAGUAUGUGCUGGAUUUGGCCCUGGAAGCUUUUACGCAGAAGGGUCACAGUCAGGUCAUCGCCAAAAGGGUGAGUUUGCUGAAGCCGCUCAGUGCUGUCGAGAUCAUCCCUAUGCCAUAUGUGACAGAAGCAACACGAGUACAGGUCAUCCUCCCUGUGACGGCACACGAUCAAGACUUUGUGGGUAACUUCCUUGACAUGUAUGUCAUGAAUGCUCUGGAUACCCAUGACAAUGCUCUGCUCACCUUCUUGUUUGUAUAUGACCCCUUCGAUGCCCAGCGAGUCAGCCAGACGGACGUCUUUGCCGGUGUCAAAGCCAUGAUUGGUGAGGUAGAGAAACGUUACGGUGAUGUAAAGAUUCCUUGGAUUAGUGUAAAGACUGAAGUUCCCUCACAGGUCAAGCUGAUGGACAUCAUCUCCAAGAAGCACCCAGUCGACACCUUGUUCUUCCUGGCCAGCGUAUGGACUGAGGUCAACGCCGACUUUCUCAACCGCUGCCGUAUGAACGCCAUCAGCAAUUGGCAGGUCUUCUUCCCAAUCCACUUUCAAGAGUACAGUCCCGCUCUGGUCUACCGCGACCAACAACCUUCUGUCGCUUCAUCGUUUGCAUCUGAGGCGCUGCGCGAUGGCCACUUUGACCGCCACGUCUUUGAAGAAGCCUGCUUCUACAAUGCAGAUUACAUGGCUGCCCGCACAAAGAUGGCGGCUGACAUCUUGGACAAUGAUGAAUUGCUUGAGAGCAUGGACGUCUACGAGAUCUUUGUACGUUACUCUGGGUUGCACGUGUUUCGGGCUGUCGAGCCGGCGCUAGUUCAGAAGUAUGUGCACAGAGAAUGUAACCCGCGGUUCAGUGAGGACAUCUAUCACCGCUGCGUUCUCAGUAACCUCGAGGGGCUGGCCUCUCGAUCACACCUAGCAAUGGCUUUGUUUGAACAGGAGCAGGCUAACAGCACCUGAACUGACUACUACUGCAACAUUAAGAUGGAUUCAACUUUAUGAUUCUCAUUUAGGUGGCCUUAAAUGACCUACUGAUAUUGAUCGAGUGAAUUUCACCCUGAUGCUGUGAACUUCUCUGCACAGUUCAUCCAGUGACUCAAUUCAAUUAAACACAGUGAAGUUACCUUGUUAAAGGGAUAGUUAACAUAAAAAUGAAAAUUCUGUCAUCAUUCACUCACCCUCGUGUCAUUUUCUUUCUUCUUCGGAUCAUAAAAAUAUGUUUUUAAGAAUGUCUUUGUUGUCCAUACAAUGAAUGUCAAAGGUGACCAAUUCAUCAAAAUCCCUUUUUUUUGUGAUCUUCAGGAAGAAAAGAAUGUAAUUCAAGUUUGAACCCACUAUAAGUUGAGCAAACAAUGACUGAACUUCCAUUUUCUGGGUGAACAAUCCCUGUAAGGAUCUACAUAUGGUGGAAUUGACUCAUAAAUGUGACUAAUUUAACCAGAGAUCAAUAUUCAUGAAGUCUUCAUAAUUCACUUUAAAUAAAACCUGAGAAAUGGG